GCUAAAACACACAAUCAGGUGGGCGUUGCCUGCACGCUUUAAAUUCUCGUAGCCCUUGCGCAGUUACGCUACUUCCCCACCCUGUUCUCCAGCAGCUCUCAGUUCGUGUGUCAAUAUCUGCAGCCAUGCCGUCUGAGUUGGAGCGUUCCAUGGAGUCCCUGAUCAUGGUGUUCCAUCUCUAUUCUGAAAAGGAUGGUGAUGGCAACACACUGAGCAAGAAGGAGCUCAAAGAGCUGAUGAAGACAGAACUGGCCAGCUUCCUGAAGUCCCAGAAGGACCCAGCCGCCAUAGACACGAUCAUGAAGGAUCUGGACCAGAAUGGUGAUGGGAAGGUAAACUUUGAGGAGUUUGUCUCUCUGGUGGUGGGCCUCUCCAUUGCCUGUGAACAGCUCUACCAGCUCCACACCCAGAAGGCUUCUGCCAAGAAGUGAAGGAGGACAGGACAAGGAGAAAGAGAAGCAGAGAUGGAUGCUUUUCUAUAUGUCAUUUUGCUUUUCUAUACGUCAAAUAAGUCAUUUUAUAAAUGUCUUACUGUUGUGAAUAAACAGUGGCUUUCCCACUCUCUCUGUUUGUCA